UUCCGGACACCCACAGCUGCCCGUUGUGAACACUUCGUGUGGAGUGCCGCGCCCGCCAACUCUCACUCUAGCGCUUGCAGCCCGCUAUCCCUUACUCCACAACCUCGUCGAAUAUGGCGCCCCGGAGAAAUGCGACAACGGCUGCGGCCGUCCUGGCGGGGUGUGCAGGAUGUUCGGCAUGGGUAGCGCCUGCGGCGCGAGGAUUCACAGGGCAGCGCGUGGUUCCGGCAGCGGCGACGUCUUCGUCCCCGUCAGGGAUGGAAAUGAAGUACAAGGUGGCCGUGGUGGGGGGAGGACCUUCGGGUUCUUGCGCCGCCGAGAUCCUCGCGGAUUGCGACGAUGUUGACGUGACUUUGUUCGAGCGCAAGAUGGACAACGCUAAGCCGUGCGGAGGAGCCAUCCCACUGUGCAUGAUUGACGAGUUCGACCUGCCCACCAGCAUCAUCGACCGCAAGGUACGAAAGAUGAAGAUGAUCUCCCCAACCAACAGAGAGGUGGACAUCGGCCAGACGCUUGGAGACGACGAGUACAUCGGUAUGGUGCGACGGGAGGUUAUGGACGGCUUUAUGCGCGACAGGGCGAUAGAGAAGGGAGCUCACGCGAUCAACGGUCUGGUGAACGACAUCGACGUCCCCGCAGACAAGGACAGCGGGAAGUACAAGAUCCACUUCGCGCGGUACGAGAAGGGAUCCAGAAAGGGUGUGCAGGACAGCGAGGAGUUCGACCUCAUCAUCGGCUCCGACGGCGCCAACUCCCGAGUCGCGAAGGCCAUGGACGCUGGAGCGUACAACUACGCCAUCGCUUUCCAGGAGCGCAUCAAGAUUUCGGACGAAAAGAUGGAAUUCUACGAGGAAAUGGCGGAGAUGUACGUGGGAGACGACGUCUCCCCCGAUUUCUACGGGUGGGUGUUCCCCAAGUACGACCACGUCGGUGUGGGCACCGGUACCGUCGUCAACCGGCCAAAGAUCAAGGAUUACCAGGACGCCAUCCGCAAGCGCGCUGGCGAGAAGAUCGAGGGGGGUAAGAUCAUCAAGAUCGAGGCGCACCCAAUCCCCGAGAACUACCGCCCGAGGCGCGUGGUUGGCCGCAUGGCGCUCGUCGGUGACGCCGCCGGGUACGUGACCAAGUGCUCCGGGGAGGGAAUCUACUUCGCCGCAAAGUCUGGCCGCAUGGCUGCCGAGGCGGUCGUGCAGUGCAUCAAGCAGACCGGCAAGCUCCCGACGGAAGCGCAGCUGAAGCAGACCUACCUCAAGGACUACGACAAGCUCUAUAAGCCGACCUACCUGGUCCUCGACAUCCUCCAGAAGGUCUUUUACUCGAACAACGCGGCAAGGGAAGCGUUCGUGGAGUUGUGCGAGUCUGAGUACGUCCAAAAGGUUACCUUCGACUCCUACCUCUAUAAGAAGGUCCAGGGCAACAACCCCGUCGAAGACCUCAAGCUUCUGUUCGGCACCUUCGGCUCCCUCAUGCGCGGUCAGGCACUCGCACCCCCGGACGCGUCCUUCUCCAACCCCGUAGAGUCGCUCAAGCGCCUGUAAAAGCCUUGUUAUCGUUCGGUACAGAUGCUGGAAAGGUUUGCCGUCUGUUGUCUAAGGCCUGGACACGCCCGAGGCAAAGGACCAUGGACCCUAAAGAUGUGUCGAUUAAACAGGUCAUGUGAGGCUAGUUGUUGAUUCUUUCCGUCGGGUGGGGGCUGGUCUUGUGUACGAAGAGCCCAUCACGUUACGCAACAGCGCGGGAGAAAGGGUUGCGCACGAGCUCAAAUUAUUUCGGCGGUCACGGGACGAUUUUGUCCUCCACUUUGACCCGUUGCUGUCGUCCAGGCUAUUACAUGGAACCUCCUGUGGUGACAUUUUAAGGUGUUGUGCAGUGCGGGGCGUUCGCUGCAAAGCCUCGUUGGGUUGUGUUCGUGUACGCCCCAAUGUUGGGGGAUUUCUACAUGAUGCUGCAACGACUUUUACUUAGAUUGACGACUGAGGUAAAUGGUUUGUGUGAUUUUUUUUUUUUGUAGUUGCGUCCGGGGGGAGGUAGUCAUAGCCAGCCACCUCUGGCCGAUCUGUGAGUACUGUUUUUGUUGUAUCUUGUUUGUUUUCUUAAUUUCAACGAACAUGGAGUUAUUUCGGUUCUUGCACUGCUUCGCGGCAACACCGCUACACACGAAACAAUUGGCGAAAAAAACGAGGGCGACGCAUGCCGACUCUUCGCCAACCGCGCAGACUCGCUCGUGAGAAUCACCGCGCACUUUCAUCAAGCGUCAAAAGCCCUUAACUCACUUUCUGAACGUGAACCCGCCUAAGGGUCGUGUUUUCUGUUGUUGACUACACUCCGAGGGAACACAGAU